GAGGGGAGGAGGGGGGGGAGGGAGGGAAGGAGGCAGCGGCGCAUGCGCACGCGGGCUGCCGUCAGCUGAGCCGGGACGCGGCCGCUGCAGGGAGCGGGGCGCCGCAGUUAAAUAGACAAAAUGGACUUCUCCAAGCUACCCAAAAUCCGUGAUGAGGACAGAGAGGCUUUUGUUGGCUAUGUCCAUGGAGUCUCAGGACCUGUGGUCACUGCUUGCAAUAUGGCAGGUGCUGCUAUGUAUGAACUGGUACGAGUAGGCCACAGUGAACUGGUGGGGGAAAUUAUCCGACUGGAAGGUGAUUUGGCAACUGUCCAGGUAUAUGAAGAAACGUCUGGUGUCUCUGUAGGAGAUCCUGUACUGCGUACUGGCAAACCCCUCUCAGUGGAACUGGGACCUGGCAUUAUGGGAGCUAUUUUUGAUGGUAUCCAGAGGCCUCUGUCAGACAUCAGCACUCUGACCAAAAGUAUCUAUAUCCCUAGAGGUGUCAAUGUGUCAGCUUUGAGCCGAGAUGUCAAAUGGGACUUCACACCUUCUAGAAAUUUGCGGGUUGGCAGCCACAUCACGGGUGGAGAUAUUUAUGGCAUAGUGAAUGAAAAUUCCCUUAUCAAGCACAAAAUCAUGCUGCCCCCACGGAACAGGGGUACAGUUACAUACAUUGCUCCACCGGGAAACUAUGACACUUCAGAUGUUGUCUUAGAGCUGGAAUUUGAAGGCGUGAAGGAGAAGUUCACUAUGGUCCAGGUCUGGCCUGUACGUCAAGUCCGUCCUGUUACUGAAAAGUUACCAGCGAAUCAUCCUUUGUUAACUGGCCAACGAGUGCUGGAUGCCCUGUUCCCGUGUGUACAAGGGGGUACAACAGCGAUUCCCGGGGCAUUCGGCUGUGGGAAGACUGUGAUUUCACAGUCUCUCUCAAAGUACUCCAACAGUGAUGUCAUCAUUUAUGUAGGCUGUGGAGAACGAGGAAAUGAAAUGUCUGAAGUACUGAGAGAUUUCCCUGAGUUAACAAUGGAAGUUGAUGGCAAGGUAGAAAGCAUCAUGAAGAGAACAGCUCUGGUAGCAAAUACCUCCAACAUGCCUGUGGCUGCCAGAGAGGCCUCUAUCUACACUGGAAUCACCCUGUCUGAGUAUUUCCGAGACAUGGGCUACCAUGUCAGUAUGAUGGCAGACUCUACCUCCCGAUGGGCUGAGGCCCUCAGAGAAAUUUCGGGACGACUGGCUGAAAUGCCAGCAGACAGUGGUUAUCCAGCCUACCUUGGUGCACGUCUAGCCUCUUUCUAUGAGCGAGCUGGCAGAGUGAAGUGUCUGGGAAAUCCUGAAAGGGAAGGCAGCGUCAGCAUUGUUGGAGCUGUCUCUCCCCCAGGUGGUGACUUCUCAGAUCCUGUCACAUCAGCUACUUUGGGCAUUGUGCAGGUUUUCUGGGGCCUGGAUAAGAAGCUGGCACAACGCAAACAUUUCCCCUCUGUCAACUGGCUGAUCAGUUACAGCAAAUACACACGUGCUCUGGAUGAGUACUAUGACAAGCAUUUUACAGAGUUUGUCCCUCUCAGGACAAAGGCGAAAGAGAUCCUACAAGAAGAGGAGGACCUUGCAGAGAUUGUGCAGCUUGUGGGGAAGGCUUCUUUGGCAGAAACAGACAAAAUUACCUUGGAGGUUGCCAAGCUGAUAAAAGAUGACUUCUUGCAACAGAAUGGUUAUACGCCUUAUGACAGAUUCUGCCCUUUCUAUAAAACAGUGGGAAUGCUUUCCAAUAUGAUUGCGUUUUAUGACAUGGCACGCCGUGCUGUAGAAACCACAGCCCAGAGUGACAAUAAGAUCACGUGGUCCAUCAUCCGAGAGAACAUGAGUGAAAUCCUCUACAGACUUACCUCCAUGAAAUUCAAGGACCCUGUCAAAGAUGGUGAAGCAAAAAUCAAGGCAGACUAUGCUCAACUGUUUGAGGAUAUGCAGAAUGCGUUUCGCAGUCUGGAAGACUAGACUCGGCCUCUGCAACCACUCCGUUUUGUCCUCUGAAUUCCUCAUCUCAACUCCUCUGCUUCCCUACCUUACAAGAAUGAUGCAACAGUACUUGAGUUGAUAAAUAGCCCUAUGUUUCCCUGUUCAUACUCAGUGUCUUUACAAAACAUUCCUCUUAGUUUGUUCAGCAUUGCUUUGUGUGUCUGAAAUGGUGAGUGACGUGCGAAUGGGCCCGGCUGAGUGAAGAAAUGCUGUUGUACGCUUCUAGGGCGGGAAAAAUUUCACCUUGCCCUCUCCCAGCUCUCUUGGUAAGCGGUCUCUCGCUCUGGGAUCCAACCAACUGAGCUGCACUGGCAGAGGAGGUGUAGAUCUUAAUGCAGUCAUGUGGUACAGUCUGAGCUGGCAGUGGUAAGGGCAUUUAGGUCUAGCACUUUGCUAAGUGACUAUCAUGAAACUCCCUAUUCUUAAACAGAAUUUUUGACCAUACUGUGAUGACCAAAGUUCUUCACUACCCUGUCCUUUCUGCAACCUUCAACUGAGCCUGUCGGUAUCGAAUUGUGGUAGUUCUGGCUCUCUCCAAGAAAGGACUGACUAGAAGAUGAGCAUGUACAAGUAGCCAGUAUGCUUUUGUACACUGGAGAAACAGAAUUUUAUUUUCCUACUUAAUACAGAUGGGACUGUUGGACUGAGCAUCAGCUAAAGUCAAAGCCAUAGGUGCUCGGUUUCCACAAUGUUUGCCUUCUUGCAUCUCACUCACCCCAUAAAAUUUCACAACACUCAGCUGCUUUAGUUUGUGAAGCGUGUUACUGCUGCUUCGUACUACAGGCCAUAACAGGCUGUGGUGAUUCCAUGUGUGGACCAGGAAUACAGUCCUUCCUAGGUGGUGCUCUCUACCAACACUUGCCUCCAGUGCAGUGUCCAGGUCGUCUUUAGGAAAAGAAAAGCAUGUGCUUAACCUUCCCGCUCCACCUCUGCCAACUUGGCCUGUUUGGCAGUGGCACAGGUCCUCAGUUCUUGCAUAAAAAUAUUAUAUGAUGUUAAGCUUCUGGGGAUAGGGGUUGAGGAGGAGGAAGGUCGACAGUACAAAGUGUAUUUACUUCUGCCUUCUUGAUUAUGAUGCAAGAGAAACUGGUGACUUCUGCACUAUGCUCUGGAAGCACAGUCUGUCAAGCAGCUGAAAUUGCUUUGUCUUGGGCUUGCUUAUUGGCAAAACUAGUUUGAGAUGAGGAGUGAGCAUAGAGCAGCCUUCCUGUUGAACUUCAGGUGUCAGCACUCCUAUCAUUGCUGCAGAGAGAGAAAAAGAUGCUGUCAUUUUCUCCAGUCUUUGAACUCUCACUUGUGUCAAAUAGCAUCUAACACUUCUUUGUUGUGCAACACUGUGCCCGGCUGGCAUCUGCUGACUUGUUACGGUCACGAAACAGUAACUGUUGUGGAUGACACUGGUAGUGGCAUGGUUGUGUAAACGUUCAUUCUGCAUUGAAGUGUUUUUCCACCAACUGCCAGCUUUGAAUAGUAAUGGUGCAAAGGGAUCUUGGCGCUAAGGACCAAAUGCUGCCACUUCCAUUACAGUAUCAGCUCGCUGUUUGCCAUGGAAAACCCAGCCGAAACUUAAAUGGAUUUACUAUUUUUGGUUCUCCCAAAAGAAACUACUACUACAGCUGAUAUUCUGGUAGUGAAUGGUUAGGUUUACAGUUCACUAAACUUUCAAUGAAUGCUGCUUAUUUUAACAAUGAGCAUGUGUGAAUGAGUAGUCACCACUCAAGCUCUUGCUGGAUUCCUCGUUGUUCAUACCCUUCAGCACUGUACUAUGUAGCAUUUCAUGCUAGAAAACAGAUGUUCUUAUCUCUUUAAAUAGAGGAUGUUAUAAACUUUACAGAAGAUGUCUAAGAUAAUGCAGUUCUAAUAUUUAUUGUGCUGUACCUGGCCCUGACGUGUGACCAGUUCAAACAGUUUCAUAUAUAUAUUUUUGUCUUUUUUUUUUUUUUUUGUGUCUCAGUUUUCAGUGUUGAGAUUCUGAUGUUCACUGUGUACUGCAAGUCUUCCCUCCACAGAGGUGGGAAGAAUGAAAAGAUGGGCAGAACCCAGCCGCCUACUUUAUCUUGUAUAUUUCAUAAUGUAUGUUGCUGGAAAUUGUGUAAAAAAAAGAUUAAAAAAAUUGUUGAAGUCAAUGAGAAUAAAAUGGAUUUAAUGUA